AUGGGCAUACAGACAAUUCAGCGCCUGUUCAGCGAAACAAGAGGUGAUGCACUCAUCAUACCUCUUGCGUCAGGCCUUCUAUUUCCGCGAUACGCUCCAACACGGCAUCUGAGCCGAAAGUGGCUUCUUGCAGUAGAAAUGUCCUCCGCAGUCGGAUUUCAACGUAGCCGGAUCAGCACAGAAUGUCGUCAUACCGGACCAAACAAGCUCUGCAUGUUUUUGACAACUCGUCAUCCGGUCUGA